AUGUCUGCAACUCUUUCUGUGCCAUCCCCGGCAGAUUUCCACGUCCAUUUGCGCCAGGGUUCGCUUUCCCAGCUUGUAACACCCCAUGUACGAAAAGGUGGAUUUAAUCUGGCCUAUGUCAUGCCCAACUUGAAGCCCCCUAUCACGUCGACAGAUCAAGCGUUGGAGUAUAAGACCGAACUCCAAAAAAUUGAUCCUCGUGUCGAAUAUCUUAUGACACUUUAUCUGUCCCCAGGGCUCACCCCAGACGAAAUCCGGAAAGCAAAAAAAGCUGGUAUCGUUGGCGUAAAAUCCUAUCCGAGGGGCGUCACAACAAAUUCAGACGGAGGGAUUGAGUCAUAUGAACUAUAUUAUCCCAUUUUUGAGGCAAUGCAAGAUGUCGACAUGGUUCUCAACUUGCACGGAGAAAUUCCUUCUGAUCCAGCUACGAAUGUUCAUGUCCUGAAUGCGGAGCCUCACUUUCUUCCCCACCUCGCUUCGAUUCACAAGGAAUUUCCGAGAUUGCGCAUCGUCCUUGAACAUGCUACCACGCGAGCCGCAAUCGAAGCCGUGAAAGCAUGCGGUCCCACCGUAGCUUGCACCAUCACAGCUCACCACCUGUCCUUAACUGUAGACGAUUGGGCCGGGCAGUCAUGGAACUAUUGCAAACCCGUGGCAAAGUUUCCUGACGAUCGUGCGGCUCUGCAGGAAGUAAUCAAAGAAGGCCACCCUCGCUUCUUCUUGGGUUCGGAUUCUGCCCCUCAUCCACCGCACAUCAAGUCAACGAGCACUCCUACUCAAGGAUGUGCCGCUGGCAUCUAUACUUCUCCUAUUUUGCUGCCGCUAGUAGCCCAUCAGUUAGAAUCUUUUGGUGCACUUAACAACAUAGAUGGAUUCACCAGUUUAUUCGGUCGCAGUUUCUAUGGGCUACCUGUAGAUGGUCUGCCAACAGUAACGAUCGAAAGGACCACAAGCAAAGUGUUGGAAAGUUACACCUUAGAUGGUGCGGCUGUCGUGCCGUUCUGGUCGGGGAAAGAGAUUGGCUGGGAAAUUGUUAGGCUGGGAGAUCGUUAA